AUGCAGACAGAAAUAGGAGGUACUAAUAACAUUAGAGUUAGCACCAGAGUUAGCAUCGAUUACCAGAAGCUGCACGACGCCUUCUUCAAGUGGCAGACCAAGCCCAAGCUGACCAUCCAUGGGGAUCUGUAUUAUGAGGGCAAGAAGUUUGAGACGCAGCUGAAGGAGAAGAAGCCCGGGGACCUGUUCCACGAGUUGCGCAUUGCGCUGGGGAUGCCUGUCGGGCCGAACGCGCACAAAGUCCCUCCCCCCUGGUUGAUCGCCAUGCAGCACUACGGUCCGCCACCCUCCUAUCCCAAUCUGAAGAUUCCAGGCUUGAAUUCCCCUAUCCCAGAGGGAUGCUCAUUUGGGUACCACACUGGGGGCUGGGGCAAGCCCCCUGUGGAUGAGACAGGGAAGCCCCUCUACGGAGACGUCUUUGGGACCAACGCGGCUGAAUUUCAGACCAAGGAGGAAGAGAUUGAGCGCACACCAUGGGGGGAGCUGGAGCCGUCAGACGAGGAAUCCUCUGAGGAGGAGGAGAGCGACGAAAAGAAGCCGGACGAGACAGGUUUCAUCACCCCGGCGGACAGUGGUCUGAUUACACCAGGGGGCUUCUCAUCGGUGCCCACUGGCAUGGAAGCGCUGGAACUCAUUGAGCUGCGUAAGAAGAAGAUUGAGGAGGCCAUGGAUGGCAGUGAGACACCCCAGUUGUUCAUGGUUCUGCCAGAGAAGAGGACCACAACGGUUGGCGGCGCCAUGAUGGGCUCCACUCACAUCUAUGACAUGGCAACGAACUCGUGGGCAUUCAAAGAAGCUGAAUGUUGG